AUGGGCGGUGAUAGCAGUAUUGCGGUAGAUAUGUCCAGGCAACCGAUAAAGAAUAACGAUAAGGAACAGGAACAGGGGAGAAUCCAGAUCGAAGAGGCAGAAACUGAUGAAGCUACGGAUCACGAGGUGGUCCACUCGGUCGUAGUCCAAGGUCAGGAUACGGAGGCUAAGGAUUCCAGUGAUGCAUCUCCUGACAAACGAGUGAAAGCAACUUUUGUGACGUUGGCUAGAAACUCGGAAUUGUAUGAUUUGAUCAAAUCUGUGAGGAGAGUAGAGGAUCGAUUCAAUCGCAAAUUCAACUACGAUUGGGUGUUCUUGAAUGAUGAACCAUUCACCGACGAAUUCAAGAAUUUGACCACAUCAAUUGUUUCGGGAAAGACCAAAUAUGGGUUAAUUCCUACAGAACAUUGGUCAUAUCCUGACUGGAUCGAUAUGAAGAAAGCUGCCGAAUCGAGAGCAGCCAUGAAAGCUGCCCGUAUUAUCUACGGAGACUCUGAGUCCUACAGACACAUGUGUCGUUUUGAGUCUGGGUUUUUCUGGCAAAAUCCAUUGCUAGACGAAUACGAUUGGUAUUGGAGAGUCGAGCCAGGUAUCCAGAUCCAUUGCGAUUUGGAUUACGAUCUUUUUAAGUAUAUGGAGGACAAUAACAAGGUAUAUGGAUUCACAAUUUCGAUCUAUGAGUUCGAAAAGACCAUUCCAUCGUUGUGGGGCCAUGUCAAGGACUUUAUAAAGAAAAAUCCUCAAUACUUGGCUGAGGACAAUCUUAUGGAUUUCAUUUCCGACAACAAGGGUGAAACGUAUAACUUGUGUCACUUCUGGUCCAAUUUUGAGGUGGCAUCAUUGAAAUUCUGGCGUUCACAGGCUUACAGAGACUUUUUUGAAUACUUAGACAAAACUGGAGGCUUUUUCUAUGAGAGAUGGGGCGAUGCCCCCAUCCACUCAAUUGCUGCGGCACUUUUCCUUUCAAAGAACCAGGUCCACUAUUUCGAAGACGUAGGCUACAACCACGGAGUCUACACCCAGUGUCCUCUUAAUGCCCAAUUCAGAUACGAUCACAAGUGCCACUGUGAUCCCGAAUCUGAUUUCACCUUCAGAGGCUACUCGUGUGGUACCAAGUAUUACGAUGUAAUGAAGAAAGAAAAACCAAAGGAAUGGAUACACUAUACCUAG